AUGUUGGAAUGCACUCAUUUUGAUCAUGAAAAGGCAUCUGAAUUUGUUUUUCCUCCGUUGUAUGAGUUUCCACCUUUUUUCACGCGUCAGCCAAAUGCAGAAACAUGGAAGUCUCAGCAGUCUCACUGGGUAUCAUUGAUUUUAGCGUAUUGUCGGCAUAAACGUAUUUUCAGGCUUUAUGUUUCUCAAGAAUUGCUUGAAACUGAAUUGUUUUUUAAUAAUAAAAUCAAAAGAUGUGUUAAAAUGGAUAUGCUUAAAGAGAUUCUUGAUUUUAUGGAAAAUAAACAUAAUGGUGAAUGGCUGGAUAAUAAUAAGAAAGACAUUUUUUUCGUUUAUUGGAGAACACUUGAUGAAUGGGCAGAUAUAAUGAUACAUUGGAUUGAAAAAACGGGACAAAGAAAUACUAUUUUAACAUAUUAUGAGCUUAUAGAAGGCAGGGCUUUAGUUAAUACAGAACUUUAUAAAAUAGAUCCGAUAAUAUUUAAGAAAAUUAUUCAAGUUUUAGUUAAGAAAGACAUGGCUCAAGUUCUUAGGGGCAGUAAUGAAGAUGAAUUUGGUGUUAAGUUUUUUGGUCGUAUCUAG